AUGUCGACGAAGAUCGAAGGGAUUCUUACGUUUGCCUUGGUGUUCCUGUCCCUGAUGGUGUCAGGAGACUCUGAAGAUGUGAGGUGUGAGAACAUUUACAAGGACUUUUCUGACUGUGUCCUGGAGCUGGGAGAGAGCAUGGACAACUAUCAGGAGAACGUGACCAGUGAGAGGGGAGUGGCGGCCGUGUGCAGCCACUGGGAAGCUUUCCAUACAUGUGCCCUCACAGCGCUGUCCGACUGUCAGGAGGAAGUCAGCUCCAUCUGGGAGACUCUGAGGCAGGACUCCAGGAAGAUGCGCUUCCAGGGAAGUCUGUUCGACCUGUGCAGCCCCAGCUCCUCUCCCAGCAUAAGCUCAACUCUUGCUGCCCUUACCCUGCCACUGAUAGGCAUGCUGAUUGUGACUGGGCCUGACUGGUCAUCUGUAUAAAUGGGGGUUGGGGAUGAGGAGGGCCUCAAAUUCCCCGGGGUUCAGUCCUCCUGAGUUCAAACUUACAGCCAAGGAUUUAAGAAAGACAAAUGUUUUAAUAAGGAUUAUUUUGACACAGAGCCACAGAGGUCUGAGGCAAGCCAAUCAAUAUUUGCUGUGAUGAAUAAUGUUUGAUAUCUUCCCAAAUACUUCAGCUUGAUCCUCCCUUAUGUCUAGAAGCCGACAGAGUAUUUGAGAAAAUUUAAUCUCUGCCAACAUAUCAGUCCAGACGGACUAAAGCAAACACUUUUCAAGUAGUCAAGAGAUUUCAGAUACAAUGUGAGCAGAGUCUGAUCAGUAUACAGUCAGACACCUGUGGCUCUGGGUUACCAAUAUACAAGGAGUGGACACAAUAUCAUGAACACUUGUACAAUCUAAUGCGAACCAAGACAAGAGCUUUGCAAUGAAUACUAUAUUUAUGAACAUUAUUGUGUUCUGUUUUUAUGGAUUCAACUCUGGCCUCAUUUUUUAAGCAGUAGGCCUAUUUGUGGAGUUUUAGGCUACCGGUUUUCCCUAUAUUAUGUACAGUAGGCCUGUAUAUUAUAAGGCAGCAAGGUGUUGAUGUUUUGUGUCCACUCCCUUUAUCAUGUGUUAUAUGGUCAUACUGUGAAAGUGAAUGGAAUAGUUCAACAUUUUGGGAUUUAGCUGUGAAGAUCUAUACCAAUCUCCUAUCUGCAUGCUAAAGAUGUAGACACUGCCAGCAGCCGGUUAGCGUAGCUUUGCACAUGGUUCCUACAGCUGCUCCUGGCCAAAACAUAGUUCAGUACAUAGCUCCCUGUAAAACCACAACUUGUUGUUUUUACACUUUUGUACAGACUAAACAAAUGAGAUCUAAAAUGUAAUCUAAAGUGAGCUUUAGAGGUGCUAGUAGUAGGAUUUUGUUACCUUUGGACAGAGCUAGGCUCGCUGUUUCCCACUGUUUUCUAGCUAAGCUAACUGACUCCUGGCUGUAGCUUUAGAUGUAGACAUGAGAGUGGUAUCAAUUAUCAUACCUGCUUCUCUGCAAGAAAGCAAAUAUGCAUAUUUCUCAAUAGGUCGAACUACUCCUUUAAAUAAAGAGCUAUAGUGUAUGUUGGACACCAAAACACCAAUUGAAAUCAGUUUGUAUAAAUACAGCCAAGCCAUCAUGAUGUAAUUACCUAUCACUUUACGAGAAAACAUUUAAAGGAGCACUUCACCAAAAAAACAGCAAUAUCUUAGCAACGUCUAGCUCUUAGUCAUUACAGAACUGUUUGUUGACUUAUUAAUCAGUGAAAGGACCAAACUGUAAGACCGAACCAGACAUUAAAUCUGACUUAAUUACACCAAAGCUGGCGACAACGUUCAGACGUACUAAAGGUGAAUGCCCCUUUAAUCUGUUUCAGUGUGUUGUAAAUGUUUGUGUAAGUGACAAUCAGGCCACUUGUAUAAAACUUUUGACCCCUUUUCCCCUCAAAAAACUUCGGCCCACUGUGGCCGAUGUUGCACGGCUGCUACAAAGACACCAAAAACAGACAUCUGACACGGUAUCACAUCUUCACUUCUCACAGAGCCUCGCCCCACAUUUUGGUUUAGUCUAUGCUUGAUCAAACUUCUUGAUGUUUGUAUGAAAAAGAAAAUCUGUGUUGAGAAUGUUCAGUGUUGUCUCACUAAUUUCUUAUGAACCUUGUGUGCAAAUGCUUGCUUGCAAUUAACACGAUAUAACUAAAACUACACUUUAAAGUAGGCUAAGUACUGCACAAACACAGUAUGCCAGACAGUAUGCAGAUAGACUACACAGGGGUCGAUUAUGUUUCAAAGAUCAGAUUUUCAAAGAAGAAUCUAAUGCAGCCAGGCAUAUAAAAUUACCCAAAUAACCAUAUUUUAUCAUAUACUUUUUUUCACUUUAAAUACCUAUAAUUAACUUCUCAUGAUA